UUUUUCUUUUUGCUUAUUACGGCCUACAUUACGAAGCUUUUCACUACCGUUUUUUUUGAAUAUGGAUAUCUCUGAAAAGGGCCUAUCAAACGUGGAGACUAUGAGCCUCGAAGCAAAAAGGCAAGUACAAUUACAAACAACGUACGCAGCUCGGCUCUCAGAUACGGCAGAAGUCGUUCGUGAAGUCUCGAAGAAAAUAGGAAAGACAAAAGUUAAGUGGGAUAACCCAAAGACAGUGAUGGUCAUUACAAAACCUGGCGAUCUUUCGUUGGUGCACAUGACGAGAGAUCUCGCACUCUGGUUUAUAACUACUUCCAAAGCCUGUCAGGGUGUCAAAGUUUAUGUUGAUGAGAAAUUGAAAACCGCAAAGAGUUUCAAAUAUGAGCGAAUCUUGGAUGUCUUUCCGCAAACCAAAGAAAGACUCGGCUUCUGGAAUCCGGAAUUGUGUGCUACUCAACCCAAGAUGUUUGAUUUUAUAGUGACAUUAGGUGGUGACGGGACUGUUCUCUUUGCUUCAUGGCUAUUCCAAAACUAUGUACCACCUGUCAUUCCAUUCAAUUUGGGUUCUCUGGGAUUUUUGACACCGUUUGAUUUCGACAAAUUUGAACUAUAUCUGACAAGAAUCAUGGAGAGUGGGAUGCGAGUCAACCUUAGGGGAAGAUUGACAUGUACAGUGUACAGACGAGUCAAUCAACUAGACAGCUCAACAGACAGUGGGCAGAAAAGUACAAAUCAUUCAAUUAAAUUGCGUAAUGUUUUACGUAAUCCUAUCACAGGAAAGAUCAAGAUAGGCGAUUGGUGUGCAUCAAGGCCUUUGACAGACAAUAAUAAACAACAGGAACAAAAAGAAGGAGAGUCGAUAAACCAUUCACUGAAGAAAUUUGGGGAGGUAGAUGGAGAAGAUUUUGGCACAGAGGAAGAUGAAGCUUUCCUUUUCGAUGAAGUAGAUGAAAAAGACAUCAGUGAAUUUGAGGAAAAACGCCAAAUACCAUGCUUCACUACCAUCCCGGUAGAAAAGCACCAAGUAAUAAACGACCUAGUUGUUGACCGAGGUCCCAGUCCAUACAUGAGCUUGUUAGAAUUAUUUGGCGAUAACAAACAUCUAACAACUGUUCAAGCUGACGGUUUAGCAAUAUCAACGCCUACGGGAAGCACAGCAUAUUCUUUAUCAGCGAACGGCUCCUUGACACAUCCUGAGAUUCAUGCAACUUUAAUUACGCCAAUAUGUCCACAUACGUUGUCGUUCAGACCUACAUUGGUUCCUGAUUCAAUGGAGCUUCGCAUUUGCGUCCCGUUCAACUCAAGAAAUACUGCUUGGGUCAGUUUUGACGGAAGAGGGAGAAUCGAACUGAAGCAGGGUGAUCAUGUAAAAGUGACAGCCUCAAGAUAUUCUUUUCCAACUGUCUGCAAAGCAGACCAGGCAACAGAUUGGUUCAACUCACUACAAAAGUGUUUACAUUGGAACAAACGAGACCGACAAAAAUCAUUUGCUAUAGUGGAAUCCAAUCGAGGCGCACUAAGAUCACCAACAACCAGCAGGAACAAUGGCUCUUCAUCCUCAUUAUCUAAAGGCAGCAGCCUGAAUCGACAAGAAUAUUUCUCGUCGAAAAAUACAAGAAAUGGGUCUUCUUCGCCACCGUUUGUAGGCACUAUCAAUACGUCCAAUGCCAAUAAGCAACAAGAAAAAAAUCAUUCCAUCGAUUCAGCUUCCUCUCAAGGCUCUACAGUUGUGGACAGUAGUGGAAUCGCGCCUACAGACGAAGUGUUUGCUAUGUUUAUUGAGGAUGAUUACCGUUCAUCAUCCAGUGGUAGAACCCAACAAGACGGGCAUCCAACAGUUGAAAGUAGUUUUACAAUCUUCUACGAGUCCGAUGAUGAGUCUCCUGAAGAAUUUGGCUUCAAUGGAUGGACUGAUGCAGAAAUUAUUGAAGCUCGUAGAAAUACUAAGCAAGUGGCAGGAAGCAUGCUUAAUCAAUAGGCUUUGUUUGCUAUGCCAACGUAGACGUCUAAUAUACAGUUGUUCCUUCAUCGUAAGUUUAUUUAUUUAUUUUUUCUUUUUUGUAACAGAUACUCCCCGUUUUUAUAUACGGACUACACAUAUACCACAGAAGACGUUAGUGAUUCUUACAUUUUAAUUCAAGUUGUCACUUUUGCUUUCAAAACUUAUGUCACCUAAAAUAAGCUUUUUUAUUGACUGACUGAUUGCACUCUUCCAUAAAAAAAGGUUAUUUGUAUGCAUUUAGUGUAUCAAGGGACAUGCCUGAUGCAUUUAUUAAUAAGUUCAAAUUACACAUAAAAUGCUAUCACUAGCUUUAUAAUACAUAUUCAUUGCAUAGGAAGGAAAAAUGAGACUAUAAUAAU